AUGCGAACUGGGAGGAGUACCUGAUGCCUGGGCCCACCUCCAUCGCCAUCUUAGGAGAGCUGGCUUGCAUUGCUGAAGGACAAGGAGACUUUGCCAUCAAUCUUGCCCCACCCCAGGGAGGCUACAAAUAUAUCAGGUAUCCAGACUCCUUCCAGGCUUUCCUGAUGCAGGUGAGCAACAGUGGUUGGCAUGCCUUCAGCAUUGCCCACAAGAAUAUGGACGGCAUCCGGCUCCUUUCUAUGAGCGUCCCUGAGCAAAUCAAGAUGGUCAUCAAGACCUUAUUCCAGGAUGACCUUACCUUGAUAGAUGCCUUGCUCCCUGGACAACUGUCCAGCCUGAAAUCGAUUGCAGACGAAUGUUCUUCUUUAGCUAAGGCAGUUGACAAUAAGUUCAAUGACGUCAUCUCUCUGAUUGGGGAACUCUUGGACGUGUGUGCGAGUUCCAAAUCGCAGUACGAACAAGGGCUGGCAGAAACCAAACACGCCUUAGAAGACCUGAAACUAAGAAAGGAAGCAGCUGAAAAAGCCAAGGUGAAAGCAGAAUGA